CUGUAGACUUGAAGUUUCCUGGGGACAACCAAUUUUGUCAUUUGUCAAUUUACAAAGCAGUGGGGAUUCUUUGUUUUGUUACUUUUUCAAAUAAGAAAAAUAUCCAAACACAGAGGAGCUUAAUGGCGGAGAACGGAGGCCGGAGACGACGGCUGGUGAUGGUACCAAGUCCACUACAAGGUCACAUGACCCCAAUGCUUCAACUCGCUACAUACCUCCACUCCCAAAACUUCUCAAUAACCAUCGCUCACUCCGACUUCAACCCACCGGAUUCUUCCAACCACCCUCAUCUAACCUUCCUCCCUCUACCUAGCAACACCUCCGGCACCGACAUCUCCGCCGGCUUCACUAACUUCUUCAAAACCCUCAACAAUAACUGCAAAACCCACCUCCACAAUCACCUUAUCCAGAUCAUAAACGCACAAAACAACAGUUCUGAUAAAGAAUCAGUUGUUGUUAUACAUGAAAAUUUAACCUUUUUCGCCGGAACAGUCGCCUGCGAUCUGGGUUUGCCGGCGAUCCUGUUACGUGGCAGUAGUGCAGCUUUCUUUCCUGCUUUUAAUAUUAUUCCUAAACUGCAUCAAGAUGGUAACUUUCCUCCACCAGAUUCUUUAUUGCAGGAAAUAGUUCCAGGACUUUAUCCAUUUAGAUAUAAAGAUUUGCCCUUUCUUGGUCGCCCAAUAGAUCAAACACUUGAAAUGGUCAACAUGCUCACCCCCAAGACAACCCUUUCUGCCUUUAUUUGGAACACAAUUGAGUUUCUUGAAGAAUCUGCAUUGACCCAGAUCAGAAAUGAGUACAAAGUUCCAGUUUUUACAAUCGGCCCACUGCACAAAAUAGUUACAACUUGCUCCACUAGCUUUCUUGAAGAGGAUACAAGUUGUAUAUCAUGGCUGGAUAAACAAGCACCUAAGUCGGUGGUUUAUGUGAGCUUAGGGAGCUUAGCAAACUUGGAUGAAAAGGUAGCAAUUGAAGUGGCAUGGGGUCUGGUCAAUAGUAACCAGCCGUUCCUAUGGGUGGUUCGACCGGGUUCGGUUCGUGGGUUUGAGUGGAUCGAGUUUUUGCCGGAAGGUUUGGCGGAUGAAAUGAAGGGGAGAGGUUUGAUUGUGAAGUGGGCGCCCCAGAAGUCGGUUUUGGCGCAUAAUACGGUUGGAGGGUUUUGGAGUCAUUGUGGUUGGAAUUCGACUUUGGAAAGUGUUUCUGAAGGGGUUCCGAUGUUGUGCCAGCCGUUUGACGUGGAUCAGUUGUUGAAUGCUAGGUACUUGACUGAUGUGUGGAAAAUGGGUUUUGAGGUUGUUGUGGAGAGAGGAGAGAUCGAGGGUGCGAUCAAGAGACUUUUGGUGGGUGAAGAAGGGGAAGAAAUGAGGCAGAGAGCUAUGCAGAUGCAAGAAAAGGUUAAAGUUGCAGUCAGCGAUGGUGGUUCUUCGCAUAACUCGUUGAAGGAUUUGGUAGCUUUCAUUUUGUCAUUGUAAAGACCGGAAAAUGUAUCUCAAAAGGACCGGAAUAUAUAUCUCUCGGUUAUUUAUACCACAUUCUCAAUUCUAUGGAAAAAUUGAAGCGAACGGGUCUUUUCUUAAAAAAAGGUGUUCCAAGAAGGUUGUUGAAGAAAUUAAGGUCCAGGUGGUCUCUUGGAUAACAAAUGGAGGAACAACUCUUGACUUAUGCUGGGAAAGUUGGGUGAAUAAGCCUCUAGGUUGAUCUAUGUUUGUAUCUAGAAAAUUGGUGUCGUUUUUAGGUGUAUUUUGAUAUAGUUGAUCUGCUUGUAUGAUGUGAUCACGGUUGGUAGGGCUUUGUAUGUUCAUUUGCAAGCGCCCCACUGGUUUGUUUUCCUUGAAUGAAAUUUCGUUGUUGUUAAAAAAAAACUAGAGUAAAUUACAAGUUUU